AACGAUGUGUCCACGACACGCGUGAGAGCGGAUAGUGUACCUUCUUCCAGCGUCCAGCGAAAACGAAUAGUUUCCGGUAACCGUCCAACAAACACCGUCUCAUCGCACUAAGCAGGCUCUGCGCGAGGAGGAAAACGGUCAGUUACCGAGAAUGAAUGUCAAUCGCUAUCAGGCGGCCAAAAAUUUAAAACCGGCACGUUCACUGCGCACACCGAACCCAAACCGAAAUGCACUCGGCGAGUAUGGGUAUCCGCCGCAGCAGCUGGUAGAUGAGCCGGGCAGCCAGCAGCCGGACGCAGCCUAUUCUAAUGGGACGAACGGAACUUUACGGCAACCGCGCCUCUCUGGUGCUCCGUCUCGGUCCAGCAGCCAAACACGCAAACACGAAGUACUCCGAAUGUCGGCCGCUGCCGGCGGUGGCUCUACCACCGGAGGACGCUCGACACCGACGGGACCAGGUGGUAGCUUAACGUUCAACGCCAGCACCCUCAACGUUGGCCCGCUCUACGAGGUAACCGUUUCGUACGUCCAGAAUGGUCCAAAACAGUUCAUGGUGCAGCAGCGGGCGGCCGAAGCCUCGUUAAAGCAGAUGAUGAACGCGUUGGCCCGCGUUCCACUGCGCACCAUCACGCGGAAGCUUCAGCUUGGCAUGGCCUGUUUGGCGCGCUACACCCAAAACCGCACCGUCUACCGGGCGCUCAUCACGGGAAUCGGGCGCGACGGUGCGUGCACUGUUUCGUACGUCGAUUACGGCCACUCGGAGACGGUCCAACCGACGCACCUGUACGAAAUACCUGCUGAAUUUUUGCGACACGAAAUCUUCUCCACGCGCUUUGCCCUGGCCGGAGCCGGCCGGUUGGAGGAGGCGAACGCCGACGUGGCUGGUCUGUUUUCUCGGCUCGUCGCGCCAAAGACGUCCCUCACGUUGAAAGUGAUGCCACCGGACGGGGUCGCGUUCGUGUCGUACUGUGAGCUGUACGACGCCACCGGGGAGAGCAUCCUCGAUCGGCUGGUGGCGCUGUGUAAGGCCAACGUGUACAAAUUCCCCCCACCGGGCAGUUUGGUCCGAGGGGCCAGCUGUCAGGUGGUCAUUCGGUACAUUGAAUCGUGCGCGCAGUUUUUCGUUCACGCGCUCGACAAUGUGGCCGCGUUCGAUCGGAUGAUGGACGAGCUGAUAGUGCACUGCCGGGGAGGAAACGGCGUGCCGGCCGCCGCUGUACCAGGUGCCGUGAACGUCGGAGAUGCGCUUGCCGUGGGCCUCGGUCAGGAAGACUUUUACCGUGUGGAGGUGAUCGACACGGUGCCCAAGCUGCGGGUGCGCCUGGUCGAUUACGGUAAUACAAUCACCGUGGAACGAGCCCAGCUGCGGCGCCUAUCGGUCAAUUUUACGCACCAACCCCCGGAAGCCUACGAGUGCUGCCUCGAGGGAUUCGAGGACGCAACGAGCGGUGAACUGUCGACGCCUCAGCUCGAAAUGCUAUCGGAACGGUCGAACGGCGAGCGAAAACCGUUCAAGCUGAUCGUGUGUGAGGUGCGCGACGGGCGUACGAUCGUGAAUCUGCUCGACGAGUCCGAAGCGCCCGUUCUGAACGUGUCCAAGAAGCUGCUGAAGCUGAAACACCCGAUCAAGUUCAACAAGGAGCAGCAAAAUAGUCAGCAGCAAAAACAGCUAUUCGCGACGAAACAGCAAGGCCCCCCUACCGUGGCCAACAACUCGAGUGCGCCGCAGCAGCAGCAGCAACAGCCCGCGGCAGCCAUGAACAAAAGUGCGGAAUCGGGCAAGGUGCUCUCAUCGAGCGGUGUUUCAUCAUCGCAGGCGGAUUGUAUUGAUCUCACGAGCGAAGAGUGGAUUGGGCCACCGCCCGGAAAUCAGAGCUCGGGAUACGACCAGUUGCAAGAGGCAACGACGGCAACGGUCGGUGGAAGCUUUCUGCGAAGUUUACCACGGAUCUCCGGGUAUGUCCCUCCCAGCAACACGGCCGUUGAAAAGCAACUGCCGCAAGACAAAAAACGGUUGUCGGGCGGCACUGGGAUUACCGCGCUUGAGGCCGCAAAUACGCCAGUAGCACGUACUGACAUUCCAAGGUUCAACAAGGAACGAACCCAAACACCGUACUACUACGAGCACGAUGAUCGCUGCGAUUACCAGGAACACGAUAAAGAAUACAAGCGCAGUAAUCGUAUGGCAUCGGAUGCACUGAGUGUGGAGCCAACUACUAACCAUCAACAACAGCAUCACGCUCCAGCGACCAUCGAGAGCCCAAAAGCAACGCAACCGGCAAACGUAUCUCCGGAUGACUAUCUACCGUUCAGCAAUACCGCAGCUCUACCGGAGCAGAUCGUCCCAAUGAACACGAAACUCGCGGUAACCCUGUCCUGGUGGUACUCACCGGAACAGUUUAGCGUUCGACUGCGCACGGACGAGGAUCGCUACCAGGAGCUGAUGAAGGCAAUGCAGACGCACUAUCGCAACAAAACCAUCCAACAACAGCACCACCAACUCGUCCAGAAUGCACCUUCCACUGAUCCACGGGCCACCAAAUUGCCCACCGGGGCUCUCGUCGUCGUGCGCCAUCCCAAACACAACGCUUACUACCGGGGACGUGUGUUGAAGUACAGCGAAACCGUCCAGCGGUACAAGGUAGAACUGGUGGACGAUGGCAAUAAGCUGGUCGUCUCACCGAACGAUCUGUGGAUGAUGGAGCGUCGCUUCACCCGGUACGGACCGUUAGCGAUCGCCUGCUCACUGAUCGGCGUACGCUUACUGUGCGACGUGAAGCAAAUGCAGGGUCGCAUCGAUGCGUACAUUAGCAACGAGUGGCCAAUCGAGGCCCUGUUUCUGGAGCUGCGCGACGGCAAGCAUCAGUGCAAGCUGGAGUCGCAAGGCCAGGACCUGAAGACCCGGCUCAUGGGCGAUGGGUUGGUGGCACAGGUUUUUGUUGAUAUUGAUCUCACACGGCUCAAGGGACAAACGUUGAAGGUGCAGCUGAUUGAACUGCAGAGCUUGAACCACUUCCGGGUGAAGCUGUACGGGCAUGAAGCGAUCUUCAACUGCCGCCAGGAUGGCUGUGAUGCUCACGCGGACUCGGUGGUGGCUGAGGUGCGCAGUAAACACCUUGAUCGGUACUGCGUGGCUCAGGUGAUCGAUGUAUCGGACGAUGAAAAGUUGAUUCUCUCGCUGUUGGUACCGCCACUGACGAGCCAAACGCUGCCCGCGAUCACACAAAUGCCGGUCCUGCAGGGAAAGUUCAACGUGUUCGUAACGCACGUGGAGUCCACAAACUGUCUGUACGUACAGAACGUCCGAUGGAGCGAUCAGAUCACGAAAUUGAUGGAUGAUCUGUUCGAAUAUUACGAACGGCAGCGGGAACACGUUCCGUUGGCGAGUCUGGCGAUCAACGAGAUGUGUGCCUGCCGAGCCACGGACGGUAGCUGGUAUCGUGCGAAGGUCGUGUCGCUGCAGGACAUCGAUCGAAUCGAGGUACAGUUGGUGGACUACGGGUUGCUUGAGUACGCGAAGCACAGUGAGCUGAAGCAGCUGGAGCGCCACUUUGCCGAGUUUGCUGCGUUCGCCCACAAAGUGUACCUUCCGAUGGGCACGAUCGGUAGCGUGGAGGAGGAGCGCGUGAAGGUGGAAAUCACACAGCUUACGGACGGACACGAGUUGACGCUGAAGGUGAUCGACUUCCGGAACGACAUCUGGAUCGUGGACAUCACGUCGAACGAUUACAGCAUCGUGAGCGUACUGAAGGACAAGCAGCUGGUGGUGGAUAUGGACUAUGAGACCAUUUUCAACCAACGCCAGACGGUAACGCCCGUUCCGGGGGCGGUGGUGCGUCCGUCGGUGGAAGACCACGAGGGAAAGCACCAGAGGAUCCGGGCCCGUAUUAGUCACGUCGAUAACCCGAGCCAAUUGUUUAUUCAGCUCGGAAGUGACGUGCCGGAUCUGCACCAGCUGCAGGAGAAUCUUCAAAUCAUUGCCUCGUCGCUGCCACCAUUGCGCGAUUUUUCAGCCGAUCGGUACUGCAUCGCGCAGUACUCUGCCGAUGACCUGUGGUACCGGGCGCUGAUCAUCGACAGCCACGAUGAUCUGAUCAUCCAGUUCGUCGACUACGGCCACACGGACAUUGUGACGAGCAACAAAAAGUGUACGCUGCGCGACAUUAACGACGAUUUGAUGCGUUGGAAAAUUUACGCCAAACAGUGCGCAAUGCUCUUGCAGCCGGUGGCCCCGCAGGGUGCUCCCGUUGACGGGCGCCGCCACACUGGUGUGCGAAAGAAACCCGCCACCUGGAAGGAGAUAGCAACGACCAUUUUGCGCUCGCUGGACGAAGUGGAGGUGCAGUUCCUGGCCGAAGCGCAGGGCAUCCACUACAUCGGUGUGCGGAGUGGGGAGAAGGACAUCGCGGAGCUGCUGGUGGAGAAAAAGCUGGGUGCGCGCAUGCUCUACGUUCCUUCCGGUGGCCAGCAGUGCUUCACGAGCCACAUCGACUCGAUCUCGGAGUUUUACCUACAGCUCGAGCGUGACAUCUAUCCGCUCGAUACGAUGUCGAACUAUCUGUCGGACGUAAGCAAAUUCCCCGACGUCCAGGAGCCACACGUGGGCAUGUUUUGUAUCGCCGAGUACGAGGAUGACGCGCUGUGGUAUCGCGUGAAGCUGCUCAACAUUCCGCGCGCGGGGCAGUACGAGGUGUUCUUCAUCGACUACGGUAACACGUCGGUGGUGAAGAAGUUGAAACAGCUCGAACCGAGCAUUGCCGAAUUGGCCCGCCUGUGCACCAAGUGUACGCUGCGUUUGCCGGAAAACGUGCGUGGUUGGUCGGCGGCCGCAGAGGAAAAGUUUCUCCAACUCGCAGCGACGGGCGAAACGGUGUUUACGGUGCAGCUUCACUCUCCCGGGCCGGUCGCCGCUACGGUGGAGCUGUUCUACGAAGGGCGCAACAUUGUCGACCAGCUGGUGGCGUUGUGCGAAAAGGGAACCGGCGUGAACUGCGGUAGCGUUUCGAGCGACUCGAUGAGCUCGUCUUUCUACAUGUUGAGCGACGAAGGUCGGCUUCUGGACGAGAGCGACGAUCAGGCGCACGUCAGCCACGUCAACUCGCCGGCCGAGUUUUACAUUCAGAUUAAGAACAGCUUCGACGCACUGCGCAACAUGGAGGAGCUGCUCGCGGCAACAGCACGCCAGGCUGAAGUGAUCCCUGCUGGCGAGAUACACAACGGGCUGUACUGCUUGGCGCUGCUGGCCUCCACCGGCAAGUACUGCCGUGGGUUGGUGAUUUCAGAGAUGGUACGCGCCGGGGACCGGCAAGCGACCUACCAAGUGCUGCUCGUUGAUUACGGGAACCGUGCGACAGCGACCGAGCUCCGACGGAUGCCGGCAACCAUCGAAGAGAUAUCGCGACUGUCCAAAAAGUGUUGCCUCGAACACUACCUGCCCACGGACGAGAUUGCACUGGGCGCAAAACGUUGGACCCGUAUUCGCAGCCGCUUCAUCGAGCUUACGGACGGUGGGCGAGAGCGGUUUUCGUUCGGGGUCGUGCGCAACGAUUGCGAUCUUAUGAUCGUGCGACUGUUUACCUCAUCCGGUGUGAACGUAGAGGAUCUCAUCAAAGACGCCGACGAAUCGGACGCUGAAGACGAGCCGACGGCGGUGUCCAUGGUAACGGCGGCGAAUGGCAGCGGGACUUUCGAAGACUCGACUCAACCGCGAGCGAAACCCAAGCAAGCGUUUUUUAGGGCAAACAGUGAUCUGGAGUUUUUGGAAAACUGACCGUGUGCGCCGAGAGGGGUUCGUUUGCAUGGCCAUCUCCGGUGGAAUGACUUACGAUACGACCGUCACCGUGGCACCGAAGGUGACGCCACAGGUGACGAUGAAAAAUACUACGAACCGGGGAGGAGAGGAGAAAAACGACCGAGUGUGGCUUAUAGAACUGAUCCAAGUUGCCUUUUCCUAUGUACGCUUCGAAGGGCGCAACGAUUCAGAGCAUGGCAUCCAGCCAGCAGACUGUUAAGCAAAGGAAAUGUACUUGAAAAACGAAAACCUAGCACCUAGGACGAAGAAAGAACAGUAAGGUCACCAUUCUUUUGUUUGAUUCGGUUUGAAAGCCUAAUUUUGUAAAGCCUCUCAUAUCGAGCAGUAGCACUUCAUUUUUACUAUUAUCGUACCCAUUUUAUCAUUAUCAACUCUUUCAUUGUCGUUCCGCGAAACAUGAUUAUUCUUUGAAAAACAUAAGAACGUAACACUAAACACUCUUCAUGAGGGGGUCUCUCCGGGGAACUUCAACAAGUGCGCUUAGCGCGUGUGGACACUAGAAUCGACCUUAAUACUACUGCGAGUUACGCCGAAUGAGCCGAGCUUAUAACCUCUCUAAGUGCCUUCAGUAAUCGGAAACGCGUCAGACACAUAUCUUUGGCCGGGUUUCUUUUUGAUGCUUUCGGCUAUGUGAUCAACCAGUAAAGUGUCCCAGCAGUUGAGAGGCUGACCCAGUUGUUGCGGGGAGGAAGAUAGCAUUAGAACAUUAAAGAAGAACUUACAUAAACGAAGAAGGACUAUUUAUUAUGCAGAAACAAAACACAUACAGCACGAAGUGCGUUUACGGAGAAAAAUAAAACAAUCGUUUAAUGAAAGCCCCAACCC